GCAAUAUACUUAACCCCCAGUUGCCCCUGAUGCUGUGUCAUCAGUAGGUGAACGAGGAGACAGUGUUAAAGUGCUUAGAGUGCCUUGAAGGUGGAAAAGCGCUAUACAAGUGAAAGCCCAUUUACCAUGAUUGCACUGUUGUUGUAUAGCAAAAACAUGAUCAUUUUUCAUUAUCAGAUUCCCACCUCCAUUAUGAACAUGAUCUGAGCUUUAAACUCAACUCGACUUGGGUUUAUCCAAGGUCAGACCAAUUAGCUUGAUGUCAUUUAUGCUGAGUUUUGUAGCUCACAUUUUUUCUUUUCCUCUUCCCCAACAGGGUCACGUGUAUGUUGAGGUACACAACUUCAGUGCAUAAUUCCUACUAUUUAUAAUAGUGUACUUCUUUUGUGUUGUUUUAACAAUCACAAGGAAGACAUCAACAAGAGCUAUUUGGUGCUAAAAAAUAAUAUUUAGGAAUCACAUUUACUACAGCUACAUUGAAAUUUUCUCCCAGGACAACUAGCUAUAAAUUACACAACAAGUGCAUGUUUCUGUUUUGUGCAUGGAUUAUUUGAAAAUGCCCUCCAAUUCUGGAAUGACCCAAUCCCUUAAAUCUUAAAGGUCAUUGGUGGGUUUAUUUCAUUUGAAAACUAAUGUUUACCUUCACUUUAACUUGAUGAAGAUGUGUUACCAGAGGUCCUGUGGUGUUUUGGGUUUUUGAUUCAUUGCCACAUUCCCUUUGUUGAGAUCCUGGGAGGUCUCCAGAGACACUUAAAUCUCCAAUCUCCACUCACUCAUGCAAGAGGAGCUCGGCCAAGCAGCCCCCGGCAGCAGUUUGAGGGGCUGCACACAGCCUGCAUGAGGGAGGAGGACACACCUUCAAGUCCCUGCUGCUGCAGCUCCACAGCGCGACAGAGGGAGGCAUCCCCCCCACCCCUCCCUCACUCCUCACACAAGAAACUUUCAUUUUUGGGAAGUCUGCACACUCGCAACACACACAAACACGCGCAAUGCCGGCGUGAACGUGAUCCAAGAGUGGCGCACGGAUCACGCGCGCAGGUGGAAGACCAUGACAGACGGCAUCGAUUGCGCUCCUUUCUCUUGCAAACUUGACUAAGUUUUUUUGUUGUUGUUGUUUUUUAAAUAACCACAAUGGCAACCCGGGAUGGAAAGAGCUCCUCUGCCUCAUCCGGACAGGAGUGAAGCCCCCCCAAGAAAGAAUGAAGUAACCGCUAUGGAGCCGGACAAUGCCCCGCACUCCGAACUCAAAGGAGCCGGGGGGAGAGUCCUGAUUCUUUGGACCAUUCUCUGUUGCACCUGCUCUCUCACACUGGCUCAAAGUAUUUCCAGCACAAAGACAAAUGUAGAUAUUCUGCAGCAGUUGGGUCUCUCUGGGCAAAGGGCAGGCGGGUCGACAUCUUGGAGCGCUCGACCCAUCCCGAAUGGCGUCAUCCCGUUCAAGUCUGGUGUUAUUCUCACCCCGAGAGCGCGCGUCCGUGUGCCUCUGCGCGCUGUCAUCCCAGCUUCAUACACCACUACCAAUCUCUCCCUUAUUCUCAGCCUGUCGGUUCACCGCAUCAACAGUGCCUUUCUAUUCUCGAUUGUGUCCAAGAGGGGAAAAGUCCAGCUCGGUGUGCAGUUCACACUGGGCAAGGUCCUUCUUUACGUGGGCCACAGAAACUCUGUUGCAUUCGACUAUGAUGUUUAUGAUGGUCAGUGGCACAGUCUGGCCUUGGAAAUCCGCGGCCAUCAGGUGUUCUUGCACACAUUGUGCGGGAACAAAAACCUGCAUGCAGAUUUGCGUGCCAAAAAAGUGAAUACGUUUGAUCCGGAGGGCUCGUUCCUACUCGGGAAUACAAACCGCAACGCGGUGCCAUUUGAAGGCGCCAUCUGCCAGUUCGAAAUCUAUCCGUCAUCAGUGGCGGCUCAUAACUAUUGUAAUUACAUUAAGAAACAUUGCAGAGAAGCCGACACGUAUCGGCCCGUUUUUGCACCCCUGCUACCUCUAAUUUCCAUAGAUCCAAACAUGACUCACACAACUGCACUGGCAUUAACUCAGUUAUCCCAGGAGACCCCAAAACCUACUUCAUUCUCAGCGGAGGAAUCUUUUUUUGUUCCAAGUGAUCAUUUGCUGAUUGAGAAAGGCCCAUCUAUGUAUUGGACUCCUAAACCUACUGUUGCUGCUGCAUCUGUCAGUCAAGUGGACCAUCCAGUGUUGGAGAGACCAACUCAAACUGUGACCACAUCUUUCUGGACAAGUGCGACACCACCAACAAGGGAGCUACCUUUGCAAACAGGUGACAACACAAAGCAAAGUGAUGUCAACUCCCUUGUUGGGCAUGGAAUUACGGAUUUACCAACCUCUACAAGACCGCCAGAGACCCGACUUCAGACCACGAGCGAUUACACACGGGCAUCCCACUCAAGGUCGUUCUUUCUACAGAACGAACAACUGUCCACCGUUGCACCAAAGAAACCUGAGCCCAAAGUAACCCGUGUAGAGGAUGUCAAAACCAUGCCAGUUAUUCCUGUCACUCCUGCUGCCUUAGAUGACUUCCAAACAUUCAACCUGGAACCGACCCUCGUUUCGCUGUUGGCAGGACCACCUGGACUUAAGGGAGAACCAGGACCUCCGGGCUUUCAAGGACUUCCAGGAUUACCAGGAAAACCAGGGAAGCGAGGUCCAUUGGGACCAAUUGGCCCACACGGAAACCCGGGUCGACCCGGACCACCUGGAUUGAAGGGAGAAAAGGGUGAUCCUGGUCUGUCUCUUGGCCAAGCCCCACAAGGACAAAAAGGAGAACCUGGUGUCAAAGGCCCUGCUGGACCACCUGGACAACAUGGGCGAGAGGGACAAAAAGGCCAUCUCGGUCCUGCUGGUCUGCCUGGUGAACCUGGCCAACGGGGAGUAGACGGAAGCCCCGGGGUCAAAGGUUAUCCCGGCAGGCAGGGUUUACCUGGACCUAUAGGUGAUAUGGGGCCAAACGGAGUCAAGGGGCACAUUGGCAUCCCCGGGCUCUUUGGCCUUCCCGGUCCUGAUGGCGAGAGAGGAAUUCCGGGCGUUCAUGGGAAGAAGGGCGAGAUGGGUAGGCCGGGAUUUCCUGGCGACUUUGGAGAGAGAGGACCCCCUGGUCCCGAUGGCAACCCUGGUGACCUUGGAGCUCCUGGCCCACACGGAGUUCGUGGUCUUUUUGGUGAGAUGGGUCCUGCUGGCAUUAUGGGUUUACCAGGACCUCCAGGACUCAAGGGUGUGUCAGGAAAUACCGGUGAACCAGGACUGAAAGGUGAUAAGGGGGACGUUGGCUUGCCAGGAGAACCAGGAGAGGGGGGCUUCAAAGGGGACAAGGGCAUCCAGGGGUCACCUGGUACACCAGGACUGACUGGAAGUCCAGGACCACAGGGUCAACCUGGUGAUAAAGGCCUCGAUGGUUCAGCCAGCCCUCCUGGCCCAGAGGGUUUCCCAGGUGACAUCGGCCCGCCGGGUCAAAAUGGGCCAGAAGGACCAAAGGGGAGACAAGGCACACGAGGGUUUCCUGGUUCACAGGGAGCACCUGGACUCAAUGGUGAUGAGGGGCCAGUCGGGCCAGCUGGGCCGGCAGGAAUUGAGGGUAGGCCUGGGAGGCAAGGAUUCCCUGGACUUACAGGCCUGGAGGGACUCAAGGGUGAGACUGGGCUAACCGGAGAGGUCGGGAAUCUUGGCGAGAGGGGUUUGCCUGGCUUCAUCGGGACUGCUGGGGAGACGGGACUUGCGGGAGAAAUGGGUGAUCGUGGGAAAACAGGCACUCCUGGACCUCCAGGGGAAUCGGGGCCAAUGGGUCACACCGGAAUACCUGGAGAGAGAGGACCUCCUGGGACCGAAGGAAUCCCAGGACCUCCCGGCUUGAGGGGAUCGCGUGGCAUGAGAGGACCCAAAGGCGUGAAGUGUGCGAGGGGUCCAGAUGGUGUCGUGGGGGAAGACGGCGCUGCUGGACUUAAGGGCCCUGAUGGUCCGCCAGGAAAGUCAGGCCUCCCUGGUGAUGAGGGAAAGCUUGGUGAGUCUGGUGAAGCUGGGCUGAAUGGAUUUCCCGGGGUACAAGGACACUCUGGCCCUCCAGGGGACAAAGGACUUGCUGGGGACACGGGAGCAGCGGGGCCUCCAGGAAUGGGCGGGCCGAUAGGAGAGAUGGGACCCUUGGGCCCACCAGGGAAAGCUGGAGAUGGAGGACUGUCUGGUGAGCCUGGAGAAAAGGGUGACAUUGGUCCACUUGGCAACAUUGGAGAGCAGGGCUUGAUUGGCCAGAGAGGUGAGCAAGGCAUCGAUGGUGAAGCUGGACCAAGUGGACCUGAUGGCGUUAAGGGCGAGAAAGGGGAUGCCGGCGUAGAGGGUGCCAAAGGAGACAUGAGUGAAAUCGGCCAUAAAGGAGAGGAAGGACCCUGUGGGCCUCCUGGGAUGUCGGGCGUGAGGGGUCAAGAGGGUAAACCGGGCAAAAUUGGAGAAAGAGGAAAAGCAGGAGGAAAGGGGACCAAAGGACACCAAGGUCACCUGGGUGAGACUGGGCCAAUAGGCGAGCAGGGAGCGCCAGGAUUUGUUGGACUGAAGGGAGCGAGAGGAACGAUAGGCCCAGUGGGUGCUCCCGGAAGAAUGGGCCAGCUGGGAGACCCGGGAAUACCAGGCUAUGAGGGUCACAAAGGACUGCAAGGCUCACAAGGGCCACCUGGACCAAAAGGUGAAAAGGGCGAACAAGGGGAAGACAGCAAAGGAGAAGGCCCACCAGGUCGCCAAGGUGACAGAGGUCCUCCUGGUAACAGCGGUGAUAGAGGAGAAGCAGGUGACCCUGGACACAUUGGUCCAGUAGGUGUUGAUGGAGGGCGAGGUCAAGCCGGUGCCCCAGGACUUCCUGGAAAUCCUGGGCCCAGAGGACAACAAGGGCCAAAAGGAUCCAAAGGUGAACAAGGUCAAAAAGGAAAAUCUGGGGCGAGAGGAACAUCUGGGACCAAAGGACCACCGGCUCCAGAAGGCCCCCCUGGCCCACGAGGUGUAACAGGAAGGGAGGGUCUCGAGGGACUUCAUGGACUGGAUGGACUGCCUGGUAUAGAUGGAAGCAAAGGCACCAAGGGGGAGCAGGGAGAAGAUGGAGAAUCAGGCCUCAUGGGGAAACCUGGGCCGCAGGGAAAAAGUGGUGAGACAGGUCUCCCUGGAUCUCAAGGUUCUUUUGGACCAAAAGGUGAAAAAGGUUUCCCGGGACAAACCGGACCCACAGGAAUGAGAGGGACCCUUGGUGGCAUGGCGUUAAUGGGAAACCAAGGAGUGAAGGGCUCCAAAGGGCAACCAGGGUCCACUGGCGAACAAGGAUUUCCAGGGUUUUUAGGUCUGUUUGGACCAAAGUAUUCCUACGUCACUGUCCAAAGUAGUUCAUUGCGUGUCAUUCGCAACCUCGAAACUUCGUAUGUCGAGACUGUCGUAAACAGCAGACUCCCUUGUACAAGCAAAGAGAAGGGACCCCAAGGAGACAUGGGCCCAGCGGGGAUACAGGGACCAAAAGGACCAAGAGGAUUGGUGGGUAUGGACGGAGCUUUGGGCCCCGUUGGCAUCAUCGGCCCCAGCGGCCAUCCUGGACUACAAGGUGACAAAGGAAGUCGGGGGGACAUGGGCUUGCCAGGACCAAGGGGAUCUCCCGGUCCACGUGGACCACCGGGACCUCCAGGUCACACCAGUUCCAUCCUUUCUCUUAAAAACGAGGCGCUCGGUGCUUCGUUUCAAGUCACCAUUGAUUCUUAUGCUCCACUCAGGCCAGAGCUGAAUUACCACAAUGUGGACCUUCCCAUGCUGGAGCAGGACACAGAGAUCUUCAGGACUUUGGAGCGUCUCAGCUCUCUAAUCCACAGUCUAAAGAACCCACUGGGGAAGCGCAACAAUCCAGCCCGCAUCUGCAGAGAUCUCUACAACUGUGAGCAAAGGAUGCAUGAUGGCACUUACUGGAUCGACCCAAACCUGGGCUGCGAUGCUGACACCAUCGAGGUGACAUGCAACUUCACUGCUGGAGGACAGACAUGCUUGAAACCCGUCAGCAUCUCCAAGGUGGAGAUGGGGGUUGGUCGCAUCCAGAUGAACUUCCUUCACCUUUUGAGCACUGAGGCUGUGCAACACAUCACGGUCCAUUGCCUUAACACGCCUGUGUGGGCAGCGGGACCCUCUUUUCAGCUCUAUAGCCAGGCUGUGAGCUUCACGACCUGGACAGGAGAGAAGAUCCGAGCAGGCGAUCUUCUGGAACCACUUGUACCCAGAGACGACUGCUGGAUCAAAGAUGGCCGCUGGCGUCAGACCCAGUUUGUGUUUCAGACUCAGGAGCCAAAUUUACUCCCCAUAGUGGAUGUAUCCAACCUACCAACCACAGAAACAGGAUCCCGUUAUCACCUCGAGGUUGGACCUGUCUGCUUCUUAUAGAGCUCAGUAAAGCGGAGCCCUGACCUCCUGAGUGGGAUAACUUCAUGGACAGUCCUAGACUGCCAGGAACCCCAAUUACUCUCCAGAAACUAUGCUUGGACUGCAGGGACAGAGGCGGGAACAUUUCAGACUUCUGGCACUGAUCCGCCUUUGGAAUAAAAUGACUAUGUUUCCUCUCCAGUGACUUGAUGCAAGCUUUGAAUUGCCGAAUGGAAGGAAAUGAUAUGAACAUUUCAUUGUUUUGGCUUUCUCAAACUCUCUGGUUGUACAGAAAUAAUGAAGGUACAUUUAUAAAUGCGAUAAUGUCUUAUUUAUAACUGUAUAUGUACUGUAUAUUGUAAUAUAAAGUGCAAUAGCUGUUAACAUAUAUAUCAUAUCAGUCAUGUGUCUCCAGUGCAAAGUCAUUCAGAUGUCUUCACACAAGCAUGCGUGAAGAUACUACCUCGUACAGCACCUCUGAGUGGGUGGCUGAGUUAGGUACACUCACUGGUCACAACAUUAGGUACACUCUAAUGAGAUGACCAAAAUUCUGCCUGUAGAAGCUGCUCUCAGGACGACAUACCGAAGUUCAACAUCACUGCAAAAUACAACCACAAUAAUAAACAUAUUGUUCAA